CUCUGCGCAUAUAUUAAACCUCCCGCCCAACGCUCUGUGUCUCCCAAUCAAUCUUCCAGGAACAUUUCUCCUUCAUAUUAAUCCUCGUUUUUUACAAUCAGCCGUUACCUACACAGAAUUCUUCAUGUCUGUUCCUUCCGUAGUCUUUGUCCCCGGAUCCUUCGCUCCCGCUUCUCUUUACUACCCGUUGGUCGAGUCCGUUGUGGCUCGCGGCAUCGAAGCUCAGGCCAUUAACCUUCCCACCGUCCAUCUCCCCGGCGAUGACAGAAUUGCCCCCUCCUUAUAUGACGACGGAGACUUCAUCGCCUCCACCAUCGAAAAGCUCGCCGAUAAGGGCAGGGAUGUUAUCGUCAUCGGCCACUCCUACGGCGGCAUCCCCCUUUCACAGGGCACGGUCGGUCUGAGCAAACCCACCCGUGCCGCCCAGGGAAAGCCGGGCGGUCUGUCUACUGUGGCUUAUAUGACUGCUUAUGUUCCGAUAUUCAAUGAGAGCUCAGCCGAUAUCCAAGCCGGAGGAGAAUUUGAGCUUGACGUCACCAUUGACGAACAAGGCUGGAUGUGGCAGAACAACAGGACACUGUCCGCCGAGUUGACAUUCUCUGAGCUGACUCCUGAAGAACGUGAGCCGUACAAUGACAUUCUGCAGGCUCACUCUGCACGAAGCUUUGUGGACAAGGCGACCCAGCUAGGCUACAAGGAUCCAGACAUCAGCCUCGCCUACCUUUUUGCAGAGAAAGAUGUUGUUAUUCCUCCCACUGUUCAGAGGCAGAUGAUCGAUAAGCUGAAGUCCACUGGCAAGACGGUUGAUGUUACUAGCAUUCCAUCCGACCACGCGCCCCCCAUUAGCCAGCCCGACUUGACUCUCGAGUGGGUCCUCAAGCUGGCCAACAGCUCGGUGUACUAG